AUGGAUAAAUUCCGCACCCUCUUCCAGCACUUCCAGUCCAGCUCUGAGUCUGUGAUGAACGGCAUCUGCCUGCUGCUGGCCAUGGUUACCGUCAAGUUGUACUCCUCGUUCGACUUCAACUGCCCCUGCCUGGCGUGCUACAACACCCUCUAUGGACUGGGCCUGCUGUUCACACCCCCGAUCGCCUUGUUCCUCUGCGGCCUCCUGGCCAACCGGCAGUCCGUGGUGAUGGUGGAGGAGUGGCGCCGGCCUGCCGGGCACCGGAGGAAGGACCCGGGCAUCAUCAGGUACAUGUGCUCCUCUGUACUGCAGAGAGCGCUGGCCGCCCCCCUCAUCUGGAUCCUACUGGCCCUCCUCGAUGGGAAGUGCUUCGUGUGCGCCUUCAGCAGCACCGUGGACCCUGAGAAGUUUCUAGACUUUGCCAACAUGACCCCCAGUCAGGUGCAGCUCUUUUUGGCCAAGGUGCCCUGCAAGGAGGACGAGCUGGUCAGGAACAGCCCCGCUCGGAAGGCGGUGUCUCGUUACCUGCGGUGCCUGUCACAGGCCAUUGGCUGGAGUCUCACCUUGCUGCUGAUCGUCCUGGUCUUCCUGGCCCGCUGCUUGAGGCCCUGCUUCGACCAGACAAUCUUCCUGCAGCGCCGAUACUGGAGCAACUACGUGGACCUGGAGCAGAAGCUCUUCGACGAGACGUGCUGUGAGCACGCGCGGGACUUUGCGCACCGCUGCGUGCUGCACUUCUUCGCCAGCAUGCAGAGCGAGAUGCGGGCGCGGGGGCUGCGCCGGGACUCUGCGGGUAGGGAGCCGGAGACUCCUGAGAGGCCCGAGCCCCCAGACGGCCUGGACGGCGGAAGCGGGAAGGCCCACUUGCGCGCAGUCUCCAGUCAGGGGCAGGUGGACCGCCUCCUAAGCGCCUGGUACUCCAGCAAGCCACCACUUGACCUCACAGCAUCCUCUGGGCUCUGGGGGUGCGGCCUCAGCCAUCGCGCCCCCACAGUGGUCCCGGGCACCAGCGCAUCCCCACACACCGACGUGUAA